AUGAAGUGGGGACCUUGCAGGGAUCUCUUGGACGUUCGGGCAUUUCUGGGGACGAUCGGUGUUAUAGCAGCCCAAGACAAUCUCCAGUCGGCACUCCUCAAAUUGCCAGCCCUUCGGCCGAUCGACUAUGGGUCGGCAGCCAAUGUCAUCCUCGCCGUCGAUACCUCACAAAUUGCGGUCAGCUUCCACCUCUGCCAAUGCGCACUCAACAAUCUGUGGGUUUGGUACUAUGCCCGAUUUGGCUCCAUCACCCUUAACAACCACGAAUUGCGAUUCUCCCAGCCGAAGCUCGAACUCUACGGUCUCUUUCACGCCCUCCGAUCGCUCAAAAUGUAUCUCAUCGGCGUUCGGAACCUGAUAGUUGAAGUAGAUGCAUGCUACAUCAAGGGCAUCAUCUGGAAAAACACCCCCUUCUAUUAG